UUAUUAUUUUUGUUUCUUUGCAGUUACUACAUCAACUAUUUUACAAAAGCAAUGCAGCUGGAGGAUCCACGUUCGCGUUAUAAGCAAUUGCAGAAUGAACGCUGCUCCAACGAAUCCAUAGCUAUGCAGCCAGUACAGCAUGGCUCACCCUAUCAUGUGUAUCCAAGCAACAAUUUGCCUGCAGUGCGUGCUUUUCAGGCGGGCCCUGGCACAAACACAAGUUUGCAUAAUAUGUCCUCCAGUCCUUUGCUGUCUUCUCGUGGGAAUUUGGAAAUGUCGCCGUUGCCAUUGCCACGCUCCUCUUUGACGCAAACUCCACGAUUGGGCAAUAUGUCACGCCGUUCAACCAUACAGGAGACUUCCUUUACAAAUCCUAUCGACACAGAUGCGGUGGUAAAUAAAAUACAGAAUAUAUUUCCAACCGCCAGCGAGGAUCAUAUACGUCUGCUACUUAAAAAGUAUUACAAUCGUGAAGCUGUCGUCAUAAGCGCUUUGCAAGUGGAAAAGCAUCCGGUUACCAUGCCUGGCCCAUAUGUAACACCGCCUGCCCAACGCCAUCUCUAUCACAGCAAUUCCGCUUUUCAUAUGACACCACCGGCACGUCGCCUGGAUAAGGGCAUAGCGGCACGCAACGUUGGGCCCUUUGCUGGUCUCAAUGGUAGCGCUGGUGUUAGCUGUACUUCGCGCACAGCCAGUCCCAUACCGGGUGGCGGUCGUUUUGGUAGUGUCACAAGCGUGCAUGGUGGCGUUGGGGGCGGUUAUGGGGGAGGUGGUGGUGGUGGUGGUUAUAUGGCUGCAGCUGCUGCCGCAGCUAUGCCGUUCCAUCAGGGUUCGCCACGUUUCGAACAAUGGCGCAGUUCUCCGAAGCCGCACACGUCGCCAAAGAUGAAAUUAAGAUACUUGAAAACUAUUUUCCCCAAGGCAGAUGAAAUGGUUCUCUUGGAUAUACUCGCCAGCUCCGAUAAUAAUGUACAAACAGCAUCAGAGAAACUCAUUUCCAUGGGCUAUACAAAACGUGAUUUUAUACCACCAAAAACCACACAUCGCUUCGAUGCAGAGCAUGCACAUGCUGGGGCGGUCAAAAAGCCUGGCGAUGAGACGAUUAUACCACUGCGCCCGAAAGAGUACACGAUCGAGGAGAAGGCAGCAAUACAAGCCCAACUGAAAGAGAAAUACCCACAGACAGCUGAUCGCAUUAUACUUAUGGCUUUGGAGUCGGUUAACUACGCUGAGGAUCGUGCUAUACAAAUUCUUCAUAUUGUGCAGGAGGAGGAUGAGCUGGACGCCAGGAAACAUGCCGCUGCUGCUAUUGCGCUGACGUCAGCUGGCGGUGAAGCCGAAGUGCUUUUGGGUGCCAGUGGUAUGCAAGGCACGUUGGCCGAUAACAAUGCAGCUGAGGAUAACAUCAUCACCGUUGUCCUCACAACAUCGCCAAAUACCUACAGCGACAACGUUAAAAGUCGCCAUAAUGCUUCUGCAAAAGAUAUUCCACAUACAACCAUAUCAUAUUCAUCACCAUUAACAUCAUCAACAGCCACAACAUCAUCAUCGUCAUCGGCAUCAUCAUCAGUACCACCGCUUUCAUUAACUUCCAGCACCCUAAAAUCCUCCACGAAAAUCAAUGCAAUUCGCAACAUUGGCAAAAAGGUAGCUUUUCCUUCCAUUAAUCUAACCACGCCCACUACGGCUACUACUCAGAUAAUACUCUCAAAUUCGCCCACUUGCAAUAUUGAACACAACGAAGAGCAACUACCAGCAGCAACAUUCGCCACAAGCGAUGCUGUUGAUCCAUUGAAAAACUCAUAUACAAAUAUAAGUUCAUCAGCCACACAAUCGACUCCCUCCAUUUCACCGUCCGAAGCACUCAAAGAGCUUAGCAUAUCACAUGAACCAACAGCAGCAUCAACAUCGUUAUCUGUGCUAUCAUCGCUGAGCACAGAGCCAGCAAAAUAUCAAACAAUUACAACAAAGAGCAUCCUGGCACGUUGCAAUGCGUAUGCCACUAGAAUCAAUGGAUAUCUGCAUGGUACACCAUGUAGCACCAAAACCUCGACUAUAACUUCCGCUUCUACGCGUACUACCACGGCUUCUAUUUUGGAUAACUUGAAAGCGACACGCUUAAGCGAAAAAACCGACUCAUUAAA